AUGGCACAACUGUUUCAGAAAUACUUUCUAAGUGAAAGACCCACUGGGGUAGUUAUUGCAGAUAUUGAUUUAAAUUUUAAUCCUAAAGUUUCAAUUGAAAGAUUAAAAUCUCAUCAAUUUACUAGAAAUGAAGUUAUUCAUUUUGGAACAUUAAUUUUUUUCUUUUCAAUUGCAUUCUUCAUAAAUCCUGUUAAUGUUUUUUUAAAAUUAAUGGUUGUUUCAUUAUUAAUAACGGUUUUAUUAAUUCCAUUCACUUCACAAUUUUUCCUUAAUGCAUUACCAAUAUUGGCUUGGUUAGCCUUUUUCUUUACAUCAACAGGGAUUCCUCCAAGUUAUAGACCUCCAAUUUCAGUUAAAGUUUUACCAGCUGUGGAGACUAUUCUUUAUGGUGAUAAUUUAAGUCAAUUGUUGGCAACUUCAACUUCAUCAUUUUUAGAUAUUUUAGCUUGGUUACCUUAUGGUAUAAUUCAUUUCAGUUUACCAUUUGUUGUUGCCGGAUUAAUUUUCCUUUGGGGUCCACCAACUGCUUUAAGAUCAUUUGCAUUUGCAUUUGGUUAUAUGAAUUUAAUUGGUGUUGUUAUUCAAAUUGUUUUCCCUGCUGCACCACCUUGGUAUAAAAUUUUACAUGGAUUAGACCCUGCAAAUUAUUCAAUGUUGGGAUCACCAGGUGGAUUAGCAAGAAUCGAUACUUUAUUACAUUUGGAUCUAUAUACAACAAAUUUUAGUAAAAAUUCACCAGUUGUGUUUGGAGCUUUCCCUUCAUUACAUUCAGGAUCUGCUACAAUGGAUGCAUUAUUUUUAAGUUGGUUGUUCCCAAAAUUUACACCAUUAUUUGUUGUUUAUAUCACAUGGUUAUGGUGGUCAACAAUGUAUUUAACACAUCAUUAUUUUAUUGAUUUAAUGGCUGGAUCUUUUCUGUCAUUUGUCGUUUUCCAAUAUACUAAAUAUAAACAUUUACCAAUUAAUGAUAUGAAUGCUAAAAAUCGUUGGUCAUAUUCUCAAAUCAUUAAACCAAAUAUUUAUGCAAUGGAUCCAUUAUCAUUAGCACCAGAAGUUGAUAUUGAAAAUCAAAUUUCUUAUUCAUCACAAAGAGCUGUUAAUAAUGUUGAAUUAAAUGUUAUUUCAAGACAUAGUUCUGGUACAUCCGUGGUUCAAGGACCAAAUGCUAUAUAUAAUGAUUCAGAUUCAACAUCUUCACCUGCAUUAUCAGUAUUUGAAACAGAUGAUGUUCCAAGAUCUUUUUCAAGAGCUUCAAAUAAUUCAAAUACUUCAAUUGAAAGUCAAUUUGAUAUGUCAAUUCCAAUCAUGCCUCCAAAUUCUUCAUCAUCAAAAUCAAGAAUGGAUUGA